CUGCCUUCUUAUUUCAACUUUCAUUCGGGGUUGAAGGUUGCACAAGGCGAUCUUGCCGAUCAGUUUGGGUAUAUAAGGCGACGUGUCAGAGGGGUUGAGCAUCAGUCACUAGCAAGCUAAAGACUAACCACAACGCAAUCAAUAUGAAGUACACGAUCGUCCUCGUCGCUGCCCUGGCCAUGGCCUCAGCCAGCCCCGAUCGCGAGCGUCGCUCCCUCGGCUGGGGACACAAUGGAGCAGUGGUGUUAGGUGGUGUUUUACCCGCCCUGGCUCCUUCCGUGGCGGUCGUGGGGCCAGCUGCCCCAGCUGCGGCGGUCGUAGGGCCUGCCGCACCAGCUGCGGCGGUCGUCGGCCCUGCUGCGCCAGCUGCGGCUGUGGUUGGACCAGCCGCCGGAUCCGCCGUGGUGGCUGGGCCAGCAGCUGGCCCCGCUGCGGUCGUUGGACCCGCCGCGGGAGCAGCGGUCGUGGCUGGACCCGCAGGAGCGGUGGUGGCGCCAGCAGCGCAUUGGUAGACCCCGGAUUCGACCACCCCUCCCCCACAACUUAAGACAACUCGAACGAUUUCUCUCGUGAACAUGGAAACGGCUUCUCAUCGACCUCCAUCCGCGGGACUUGGAUCAAAAAAAAAAAAAA